UACGGAGUUGAACUGGACCUCCCAGCGGCUACCAUCCUCUCCAUCUUUGGUCUUCGAGCCCAGUCAUUCUCGUGGCCCAACAUAUCGCUGCUGGGCAUCUUCUUUGUGGUGUUCACGACUGCUAGUUAUCUUACACUGCACUUUUUCGUGAAGGAGAAGCGGUAGAGCUGGUGGAGUUGUAGAAUGGUUUUGGUUGUGAACACAUUAAGUAACUUAAGUUAUUGUCUCCUCUCGGCAUAGCGAUAUCAAUCUUGGUAUGUAUGGAAGUAAUGCUCGGAUCGCU